CCUGCGCCUCCGCCCGCCCGCCCGCCCGCCCGGCCGCGCCCCCGGGGCCAUGGUCGCGGGGGCGGCCCCCAGCGCGGCGCUUCAUGGGGCGGCCCGGGCCCGGCCGCCGGGGGCAGCGCGAUCCUGCGGGGCCCUGUGAGCUCCCAGCGCCGCGGCACCAUGUUGCUGGUGGAGAAGACUACAGACUCCCCGGCGGCAGAGUUCUCGCUGGUGGAGGACGUGGCCCUACACUUCGCCUGCUUGAUGGGCCGCCUGAACGAGCAGCGCCUCUUCCAGCCAGACCUGUGCGACGUGGACCUGGUGCUGGUGCCUCAGCGUAGCGUGUUCCCCGCACACAAGGGCGUGCUGGCUGCUUACAGCCAGUUCUUCCACUCGCUGUUCACGCAGAACAAGCAGCUGCAACGGGUCGAGCUGUCUCUUGAGGCGUUGGCGCCCGGGGGCCUGCAGCAGAUCCUAAACUUCAUCUACACGUCCAAGCUGCUGGUGAACGCCGCCAACGUGCACGAGGUUCUUAGUGCGGCCUCGCUGCUGCAGAUGGCGGACAUCGCAGCCUCCUGCCAGGAGCUGCUGGACGCCCGCUCCCUGGCGCCCUCGGGCCCCGUGGCCCUGCCACAGCCAGCGGCCAGCUGCGCCCCGAUGCCUCCACCACCCUACUACUGUGACAUCAAGCAGGAGGCGGACACCCCGGGCCUACCGAAGAUCUACGCCCGAGAGGGCCCGGACCCCUACUCUGUGCGCGUGGAGGACGGGGCAGGGACCACUGGGGACUCUGCUGGGGAUUCUGCUGCUCCUGGGCCGGCACAGCCGCUCCUCUUCAAGGAGGAAAAGGAAGGGGCGCCUGAGGAGGCCGAGGCCCCUGGUAGCCUGUGCAAGCUAGAAAGUGGAGAGGGUGUGGAGCCAGGAUUGGGUGCCUCGGGCACCUAUGGGCGCCAGGAGCAAUCACAGAUCAUUGUGGAGGUGAAUCUCAAUAACCAAACUCUGCAUGUGUCCACUGGGCCUGAGGGCAAGCCAGGCGCUGGGGCCACUGUGGUGCUGGGCCAGGAGGAUGGGAUGCAGGAACAUUCAGAAGAGGAGGAGGAAGAAGGAGGAGGGAGUGGAGGGGAGGAGGAGGAAGAGGAGGAGGAAGAAGAAGGAGGCAGCCAGGGAGAGGAGGAAGAUGAGGAAGGGCCCAGUGAGCAGGAGGAUGAAGAUGAAGAGGAUGGCCAGAGCGAGCAGGAUGCAGAGAGUUCAGAGGAAGAGGGGGAGGCUGAAGGCAGGCAGGAUCCUGCAGGUCCUGCAGGGUGUCAAGGCAGCCAGGAGGACCCUCCGCUGCACAGCCGCAUGUCCACACGGUCCCGGGGACAGAACACUCAGCGCCGAGCCACUCCUGAGCCAGAGGAGGCCGGGCGCAGAGGUGGGAAGAAGCCCAAGGCCUCUGGAGCUGCUCCUGCAACCCAGGCAGCUGAUGGGCUGGGGGCCAAGGUGAAGCUGGAGGAGAAACAGCAACAUCCCUGCCAGAAGUGCCCUCGGGUCUUCAACAACCGCUGGUACCUGGAGAAGCACAUGAACGUGACCCACAGCCGCAUGCAGAUCUGCGGCCAGUGUGGGAAGCGCUUCCUGCUGGAGAGUGAGCUGCAGCUGCAUCGCCAGACAGACUGCGAGCGCAACAUCCAGUGCGUAACAUGUGGCAAAGCCUUCAAGAAACUCUGGUCCCUGCACGAGCACAACAAGAUCGUGCACGGCUACGCCGAGAAGAAAUUCUCCUGCGAGAUCUGUGAGAAGAAGUUUUACACCAUGGCCCAUGUGCGUAAGCACAUGGUCGCCCACACCAAGGACAUGCCCUUCACCUGUGAGACCUGUGGGAAGUCCUUCAAACGCAGCAUGUCCCUCAAGGUGCACUCGCUGCAGCACUCCGGGGAGAAGCCUUUCCGCUGCGAGAACUGCAAUGAACGCUUCCAGUACAAGUACCAGCUGCGGUCACACAUGAGCAUCCACAUUGGCCACAAGCAGUUCAUGUGUCAGUGGUGUGGCAAGGACUUCAACAUGAAGCAGUACUUCGAUGAGCACAUGAAGACCCACACAGGGGAGAAGCCAUAUAUCUGUGAGAUCUGUGGCAAGAGUUUCACCAGCCGCCCCAACAUGAAGCGCCAUCGGCGCACCCACACGGGAGAGAAGCCCUACCCAUGUGACGUGUGUGGCCAGCGCUUUCGCUUCUCUAACAUGUUGAAGGCACACAAGGAGAAAUGCUUCCGGGUCAGCCACCCACUGCCCAGCGACCCCGCCGCCCUGCCCGUCACGCACCUGCAGCCCACAAACCCGCUCUUCUCCACUGCCGCUCCCAGGCUGGACACCAACUGACCCCCAGCAAGGCCC